CUCAACUUUUAUAGUCAAUAGUCAUUUUUUGGUUUAAUUGUUGUACUAGAAACUCUUUGCUUCUUAAUGCCGGUGGAAGAAACUGUAACAACACUUACCCUCUUCCUCUGCCGUUCUCUCUUCUUCUCUGCAUGCCGGUGGAGGAGCCCCCUACCGCUCUAACCACAUCCCAUUACUCUGAGUUAUGUCCGCCAAAAAAAUUAUAGCUAUAUGCCAAUCUGGAGGCGAGUUUGCCACCAAUAAAGAGGAUGGCUCCCUGUACUACACUGGUGGAGAGGCCUAUGCUCUGGACCUCGAUCAGCAGACUCUCUUGAAGGAUUUCAAGCAUGAACUUUCUGAGACCUUUCAGUGCAGUGUUGACGGAAUGACCAUUAAGUACUUCCUCCCCGGGAACAAGAAGACCCUCAUUACCAUCUCUAAAGAUAAGGACCUCAAGCGCAUGGUCAACUUCUUCAAGGAUUCUGACCAGGUCGAGGUUUUUAUCAUUGCUGAGGAAGCUGUUGCGCGCAACGUAUCCAACAUGCCUGCCAGUAGGUCAAGCAGGACUACUGUGUCCGAGGCCGUGGUUCCUCCUGGCGGCUCUCAGGAUUUAAUUCAUGCUCAUGAUCAGCCCAUUGAUAUGGAGGAGCCAAUCGAUACUUCUCCACUUGACAUUUAUGACGAGAAGCAUCGUAGAGCUGCAAUUCAGUGGGAGAAUACUAUCACUGGUGUUGACCAAAGAUUUAAUAGCUUCCCUGAAUUCCGCGAAGCUCUGCAUAAAUACUCCAUUGCCCAUGGAUUUACUUACAAAUAUAAGAAAAAUGACAGUCACCGUGUGACUGUCAAAUGCAAAUCCGAAGGUUGCCCUUGGAGAAUAUAUGCGUCCAGAUUGGCUACCACCCAGCUCAUCUGCAUCAAGAAAAUGAAUGCGAAGCAUACUUGUGAAGGAACUUCGGUAAAAGCCGGUUAUAGAGCAACAAGGGGAUGGGUUGGAAAUAUCAUCAAGGAAAAAUUGAAAGUUUCUCCAAAUUACAAGCCUAAGGAUAUUGCUGUGGACAUAAAGCGUGAGUAUGGCAUUCAAUUGAACUACUCGCAGGCAUGGCGUGCCAAGGAGAUUGCCCGUGAGCAGCUUCAGGGAUCUUAUAAAGAGGCCUACUGUCAGCUACCCUUCUUCUGUCAAAAGAUAAUGGAAACAAAUCCAGGUAGUAUUGCUACAUUUGCGACAAAGGAGGACUCCAGCUUCCACAGGCUCUUUGUCUCGUUUCAUGCAUCAAUAUCUGGUUUUCAGCAAGGUUGUCGGCCUCUUAUUUUCCUCGACAGCACUCUUCUGUACUCAAAGUAUCAAGGCACAUUGUUGGCUGCAACAUCUGCAGAUGGGAAUGAUAGUGUCUUUCCAGUAGCCUUUGCUGUUGUUGAUGAAGAGACUGACGAAAAUUGGCAUUGGUUUCUGUCGGAACUCAAGUCUGCUGUCUCAACAUCCAGGCAAAUCACCUUUAUUGCUGAUUCCCAGAAAGGAAUAAGAGAGUCAUUAUGCGAUAUAUUUGGUGAAGCCUGCUAUCAUGGUUAUUGCCUACGCUAUCUAGCUGAGAAACUGAAUAGAGAUUUGAAGGGGCAAUUUUCACAUGAAGCAAGACGACUCAUGGUCCAGGAUUUGUCUGCUGCUGCCUAUGCACCAAAACUCGAGGCAUUUGAACGCUGUGCGGAAAACAUAAAGGCCAUCUCACCUGAAGCUUACAAUUGGGUCAUACAAAGUGAGCCAGCCCACUGGGCAAAUGCUUUUUUUGGUGGGGCAAGGUACAACCAUAUGACAUCCAACUUUGGACAAUUGUUCUACAGUUGGGUAUCAGAGGCUGAUGAGUUGCCAAUAACUCAGAUGGUUGAUGUCUUACGAGGUAAGAUGAUGGAAUUGAUCUAUACACGAAGGGUUGAUUCCAGUCAGUGGACUACAAGGCUCACCCCUUUAAUGGAGGAAAAACUUCAGAAUGAGGCUUCAAAGGCAGCACCAUUUCAAGUAUUACUGUUACAUGGCAGCACGUUUGAAGUUCGUGGUGAGUCUGUUGAUAUUGUUGACAUUGAUCAUUGGGACUGUAGUUGCAAAGGAUGGCAGCUCACAGGAUUACCUUGCUGCCACGCAAUUGCUGUUUUUGACUGCCUUGGUCGGAGUUCGUAUGAUUAUUGCUCAAGGUACUUCACCACUGAGAGUUAUCACUUGACGUACGCAGAGUCGAUUAACCCAGUACCAAAUGUUGAAAAACCUGCUAAUGGUGAGUUGGAAGGAACUGCUGUUAUAGUAACUCCACCACCAACUAAACGCCCGCCAGGCAGACCCAAGAUGAAACAGGCUGAUUCCCUGGACGUAAUCAAACGCCAGCUCCAGUGUAGCAAAUGCAAGGGUCUGGGUCACAACAAAAAGACGUGCAACAAGCACAAUGCUGUAGAUAACGAUGUGCAAGACACUCAUCUUCUGACAGCCAUAUCAACUGAAGAGCCUGAAGGAAGCACAUGAGUUUUGGCUUUUCUUCUUUUCCAAUGUAAUUAAACUGCUGAUGGACUUUGAUCUCUAGAUAUGUCAGGUUUAAUGAGAGUCAAUGUGGUAGAACUGCAAUCUUGAAGUAUGCAGAUGGACAAUGUAGUUAGUUUGGUGAAGGAUUUGUUCAUUUAAAGGGAUGAGUUUGUUGGCCUUUUGUUACUUGAUGAUAAGUUAGGAAGGUGUUAUUGUUAGCAGCAGCAGUCCCAAGUGUACAAGGAGAAGUUGAUGAUUGGUUCUGAGAGGGAAGGGUUGAAUUAUCUAUCGAGGUUCUCUAGUCAUGUCACAUGUGGUCGUUGAUUUAGUUUCUGACUUGUAGGAGAUUCAUGAAUGCUCAUGCCGUAAAAUCCUGUUCUACUUUUUGGCAGGUGUUUAAGCUGAAACUCGUGAUUGUUGCUCUGGGAGUCGGCAAAAAUGGUCACCGUUUAAUUAAUGGGAGUCAGAGGAAUGUUAGCAUUGAGCACCGUUAUCUUCUGUUUUUGUUGUCUUAGUCAUUUGCCCUGUUGAUGUUCUU